CUCACUUUCCGGCCAGCACAGAGAUCCCUGAAGGCUGGUUGGGUUGGUGAGGCCUGAGGAAUAGCUUCUGGGAUUUCUGAGAAGCCCUGCUCAAUACGACAUGGACCCUGUAGUCUUGAGUUAUAUGGACAGUCUACUUCGACAGUCAGAUGUCUCACUGUUGGACCCUCCAAGCUGGCUCAAUGACCAUAUUAUUGGGUUUGCCUUCGAAUACUUUGCCAAUAGUCAGUUUCAUGAUUGCUCAGACCAUGUCUGCUUCAUCAGCCCCGAAGUCACCCAGUUCAUUAAGUGCACCAGCAGCCCUGCAGAAAUUGCCAUGUUCCUUGAACCCCUGGAUCUUCUGCACAAGAAAGUUGUAUUUUUAGCCAUCAAUGAUAAUUCCAACCAGGCGGCUGGGGGUACCCACUGGAGUUUGUUGGUUUAUCUCCAAGAUGAAAAUAGCUUCUUUCAUUAUGAUUCCCAUAGCAGAAGCAACUCAAUCCAUGCAAAGCAGGUAGCAGAGAAACUGAAAGCCUUCUUAGGGAGUAAAGGAGACAAACUGGUCUUUGUGGAAGAGAAAGCCCCAGCUCAACAAAACAGCUAUGACUGUGGGAUGUACGUGAUAUGUAACACUGAGGCCUUGUGUCAGAACUUCUUUAGACAACAGCCAGAAUCCCCUCUGCAGCUACUCACCCCGACAUACAUCACAAAGAAGAGGGGAGAAUGGAAAGAUCUAAUCGCCAGGCUUGCUAAAAAAAAGAAGUAGCUACUGAAGAACACUGAUGAUGUUUGAAGUCUCCUCUUUCUGCCCUUCCCUAUGGUAACAGCCUCAGUGCCUGAGGGAAAACCACCAGAUGAAACUUUACUAUUCCUACUUCUUUGUUUUCUUGAAAAAAAAAAAUGUCAUCCUCUGCAUUAUCUGAAUGGGAAGUUUCACUUUAACCCUGAGGAGAGCAGUGCAUUCUGUGAAAACAUCUUAAACUUAUGUACCAAAACCUAGAGAGAGAGAGAGAGAGAGAGAGAGAGAGAGAGGGAGAGAGAGAGAGAGAGAGAGAAGAAAACAUUACAGAGUUUCAAAUAAGAGUCUUCUUGUUACUUUCCCUUUGGUCCACCCCCCCACCCCCCAUUGGCUUAUUCUAAAGGAAAAGCAGUGUUCCAAAGCAAACCUAUGACAUACAGAAUCUCAAGACAUACACAAAGAAGACAGCAGAAGAAGCAAAAUCUUGUUGCGCACCCAUGGUGAGAAGUGUCUCGCUAGAAGUGGAUCAUGACCUGACUCCAUUUAGGGCCUUCAUAUUACAAAAAUAAGGCAUUCUCUGAUGCAGAGGCUUUCCCAUCUGCAAAUAUUUAAUAAAUAUGACUUUAGCCCAUC